AGUUGAAGAAGAAGAAGAGAAGGUGAAGAGAAGAAGAAGAAGAUCAAGAUGGGAUGCCAACUAGCCAAAGAUGCAGUGGUAUCACCAGUUGAAGAAGAAGAAGUUUUCAUAGCUAGCUAGCCACAGAUGCAGCAGCUUUUCAGAAGAUGUUUGGGAAGUUAGCUAGCAAGAUGCAGCAGCUUCACCAUUUGAAGAUUGAAGAGAAAUUAGCUAGCCAACAGUGCAGCAACAUUCUCAAGUUCAGACUGUAUUCUCCCCAAGCUUGGUGUGCACAUUUUGUGCUCACCCGCUUGCGGGGGGGGUAUCAGGAGAUAUUUCAAGUUAUCGUCAAAACUCAAACCGGCGACCAUGAAUGUCAAAGUGGAUCGACAAGGUUUAGAGGAAAUCAUCAUCAUCAAGUUUAGUUUAAUGUCAAUGUGUGUUUAGACUUUAGUUCGAGUUAAUGUUUAUCUUUGUAGUCUCCAAAUGCUAGCUUGCACAUGUUGUCUUGUAGUGCAAAGCUUUUGCCUAUUUAAACCCAAG